AUUUCAUUUUGCCACACCACAAACAUUAAAUUCCCACCGAAUCUGCCAUCACUGGUCGCCACUGUCAUCUUGCUGUCAUCCGUCGUCUCGCCGCUCGCAGGCCGCGUAAACGUCAAACGUCGUCGUCGUCGUCGGAAUUUCGUAGCAUUGCUCCAUCUCAUCGCUAAUUGUUUUUCUUUUUGGUGCGCGCACCCGCGAUUCCCUGUUUGUUUUUCCGUUUUUAAUCCGUGGCCACGCCACCAAAGCUGCCGUGUGAUGUUGUGGGUUGGCGUUCGAAGUGCCAAAAGGUUGUGCGUUGCGGAGGAGGACGGAGUGGCCAUUUGGCGGCGGUUUGUAAACAAAGCGGUUGGGCGCAAUUUGUCCGCGCUGGUUGGGAUUCGGGCCCGCUGCAGUUGUCACAAUGACGGAUUCCUUCUUCGGGUUCGACACGCAUCUUCCGGUGGAGGAUGACGGAGGCGGGGGAACUGGGGGCGGUCCGGACGAUUCGGAGGAGGAGUACGAUGCGCUGAACGAUGAGACGUUUGGGCAGGCACGGGAGGGGGACUGGGAGGAGCUGCACGAGGAUAUGGUCCGGUUGGAUCAGCGGGAGGGUGGGGAUGGCGAUUCGGGGCCGGAUUCGGACUUGGAUAUGAACUUUUCCAGCGUUCGGAUUGACAACUUGGAGCUGGACGAUGAUAACGAGUCGGAGGCGAGGUUGCAGCUGGAUCCGAGCGUGUGGACGAUGCCGAGCAAGCCGGAGACGCCGCGGCCGCAGUUGCCACAUCCGGCGAUGCAGCAACACCAUCCGCAGAGUUCGUUGAUGGCGGCGAUGCAGCACCAUCAGAGGAUAGGCGGGGGACCAGGUGGCCCCUUUGUCGGUCUUCCGCCCAACUUCCCGCUGCCGAAUCCGGCUCAGAUGCGCAUCUGUUCGGUGGAGGAGAUCGAGCAGAACAUGAUCAAGCAGCAGGCGCAGCACUCGAUGCCGCCGGAGGUUCCCCAGCAGCUGCCGCCGUUUCAUCAUCCGGGCAUGGGACUGCCUCGUCCGCCGCCCGGAUUUCCCGGAAUGAUGAAUCACCAGCCGCCGUUGACGAUUCCGGUGAACUUUCCGCCGCCGUUGAACAUGGUUCCCCCGUUGCCACCGUUGCACCUGCUCCAGACGAACGUUCCGCCGCCGUUUCCGAUGAAUGUGCCGCCGCCGAAUUUCCCCGGAGGUGAGAGCCACGCGAAUUUCAACCAACGGCUGGUUCAGGAGAUUCAGCAAAACCAUCCGAUGCUGAACCAGCACCGUCAACACCAGCAACAGGGUCAGAAUCGCUACCAGCAGCAGCACAAUAAUCGGCAGAAUUACCACCAGAACCAGCAGCAGAUGCAGCAUCACCGUGGCAAGCUGAACCGGUCGGGCGAGUACGACGAGUACGCGAACCUGAUGAGCGAACGGGACAAGCAGUGGCUGCUGGCCUUUGUACUUAACGCCCAAUACCCACCUGAUGCCAAACCCAUGUGGACGUUCAUCCCUAAGCAUGCGUAUGGCCUGGUUUUUGACAACGAUACAAAAUACGCCUGCGUUACCCGAGCAGGGACGGAAUAA